UGGACCGAACUACUCGGCUUGAUUCUAAGUUUAUCGGCCAGUAAUACGAAUAACCAGUGAUUUCCAAGAUGCGGACCCUCUUGCAGCCCGACCUCACUUCUACCUGCCUGGAACUGGUCGAUCGACCGGUUCCAGUCGCCAACCCUGACGCUGGCGAACACCUCAUUCGCGUGCAUUGCACGGCGCCCUGUGCCGGCGAGCUCUUCUGGCCGUCGAUCGUCUCGGUGCCCGACAAGGAACCCGUGCCCUGCGACGACGUGGCCGGCAUCGUGGUGACCGCGCCGCCCGACUCGUCCUUCCGACCGGGAGACGAGGUGUACGCGCGCAGCACCUAUUUCCGCCCCGGCUGUGCGCGCGACUACACCGUCAUCGUGACGGACGAGCUGGCGCGCCGGCCGCGCAAUCUCGGCUGGGUCGAAUCGGCCGCCACGCCGCUGUCCGCCGAGACGGCCUGGCAGGCGCUGUUCGAGCAGUCGGGCAUCGGCGGCAUCGACAGCGACGCCUGGAAGGGGAAGCGGAUUCUGGUGACGGCGGCGUCGGGCGGCGUGGGCACUUGGUUGCUGCAGCUGGGACGCCUCGUGGGCGCGCAGGUCAUCGGCACCUGCGGACCGACGAACGUGGACCUGGUCAAGGAUCUCGGGGCCGUCGAGGUCCUGAACUAUCGCGCCGAGUCCCUGAAGGCGUGGGGCCAGAAGGACGAGAACAAGGUCGACCUGGUCAUCGAUUGCAUCGGGGGCAAGUCACUCGAGGACGCCUGGUGGUGCGUCCGAGACGGCGGCGUCCUCAUCAGCAUCUAUCAGGCCCCGGAUCAAUUGCGACCGGCGGAGGUCCCGGCCCAGAACGUGCAAGAGAUCUUUUUCAUCAUGAAGCCGCGUCGGUCGGAUCUGGAGGAAAUCACCAAACUGGUGGAGGCGGGCAAGUGUCGCCCCUUGGUCGACAGCGUCUGGCCGUUGGAGCAGUUCCAGGCGGCCUUCGACCGCGUGGGAAGUGGCCACGCGCGAGGCAAAGUGGUGCUGGAUCUACGGCUGAAUGUGCCCCAGGAGUGACGGCAUGGCAUGUGGAAAUGGAACUGCUCAAAUAGUCUAGAACUCUUACGCCGACAUAGUAAUAACACUGGGUGUACCCCACAACUCUCCCCGGAGAAAGCUUAACUAGGUCGUACAUCCCUAUGGAACGCCUCGAUAAGCCGUGUUGUUGUUGUUCAGCAUCUCCAUGUCCUCCGUGUUUUCCCACUGCUUCGGCUGGCGGCUGGAGACGAUCUUGCUGGGGUGAUAAAGGUUGAAGAUAAUGGCACAGAGGAACAUCAGUGCGGCGUCAAAGACGUACAAGUAGGCUUCGGUUCCCUGCAAGAAGCCGUCACUGCCCUGGACAUACUCGGCAACUCGAUAGACCGAGCGCACCAUGAUGAGCACGCUGACGAGGUACAGCACUUUCAUG